ACAUAUAAAAAUAUUUUGUAUUUAAAUGUACGAUAAUGCAAUGCAUGCACGUAGCAUAUCAUCAUCCUCUUUGCAUUUAUCAGCAGUUUGACUCGGAAUUCUUUUUUUUGCUAAUUCCACGCUGUUAGAAAAUUUUUGGUGCUGAAAGGGUUAAAUACGAAGUUGUUGUUAAUCCCUAUCACUAUUAGAACGUUUUGAUAGACUGUCCAAGACUUACCUAUAUUAUUUUUUUGCAAUUGUUUCAUCACUCGAGAUAAGUGCAUUGAAUUAAUUAAUCAACAAUCGAUAGAGAUAUUGAAAAUUCAUGAAGAAAAAAAGGGAGAAUGUUUAUGAGACAUAAUAUAUAUGUAUGUUAGCUUUUGAGAUACUGAUAUCGAUUGUUGCAUAACAAUUCAACAAUGCUCUCACAAAUUUUCAAUAUAUAGUUGUAAUUUAUAUUUAUGGUAUAUUUGUUACGUGAAAGCCUAGUUCAAAUCGUUCGUGUACGAUUAUGCGAUGACUUGUUAUAAAACAUGACAAUCUAGAUGUUUAUAGAAUAAAGAAAAACUGUAAAAAUCUUGUUGAUGCAUAUCAUUAAUGAUAACUUAAGAAAUGACGUGAAUCUUCAUUGAUUAUAUUUUGAUUUAUUAAAUUUCAUCAAAGUUCGUUCAUUUUAUUACCAAAAUUGCGUGAGUGAUCUAAUUGCGUGUACCAAUAUUUAGAGAAAAAUGGAAAGAAAUGAUGAAAUUUAUCUUUCCCAAUGUUUUAUCACGAACACGAAUCUAAAACGUUUAAUUAAUUAACUUGAAAAAUUAUUCUCAGUAGUUUCGUAGUUUCGUAGUUUCUUGUUUAAUAAUUGAUUGCUUUGGUUUCUCUUUAUAUUAUCUUGCAUCUUGUUUGUAAUUUGUAAUUUAAACGAACUAGGCUUCAAUACUGUUUAAUGAUUGUUUUUGUAAUUACCAAAUAUUGGAACAAUGUCUUUUGUGCAUAAUAGUGGGUAUGUGCGAAUAAUAAAUUUCAAAAUUCAUAAAGUUUUUAAGAAAUUUAAAAAAAAAAAAAGAAAAGAAUACUUACACUCUAUUUAAAUUGAUAUUUUUUAUAUUUAUUUCUACUAACUUAAAUGAAUAGUUCAUAAGAUUGCAAAUACUUCAUAAUAUUUCAACUGGAGUUUUCUUUUCAUUUGGAUGGAUCGAAAGUUGUUAAUUGCUACUUUUAAAACUCAAUCAAAAAAUAAGUCUUCGUCGUUGUAAGAUCUUCAGUACUUCUGUACAAAGUGUUUAACAUUUCACUAAUUUUCUUUCGAUAUUUGCCUGUACCUACUACUAUCUUAAGUAUUUUUUAAAUAUUUAAAAAACGGACGUGAGUAUUUUUCUGUCUUUUCGAUUAUUGUUUUGAAAAUAUUUACGUGUAUUUAUGUUUAGCAGAGGAAUACAAACGACGUUGAAAAAGAUCAUACUCAUAUCCUUUUUGCGGAUAAGUCCAACGUCCUAAAUCACCGCGAACUUUAUGAAGUGUUACGGUUACGAUUGUAGUUUCUAUCAGACUCUUCACCACCGACAAGUGUCGUCCUUGUGUAUUAUACACUACAAUUACGAAUCAAAUUAUGUUUAUAUAAUUAUUAAUAAUUGAAUAUUGAAGUGACUGAAUUUUGUUGUUUGAAUUUUACCGAUGUUUCUCCUCUUCUGUCUUAGCCGAUUGUUGCGUUCGUUAAUUUUUAAUAUGAUUUUCUGCGUGAAUCGUUUGCAAUGGACUGAAUAAAUAUUGAAAGUUGAAACUAGCUAUUUUCUUUGAUUCAGCUUUACUUGUUUUAUGUAACAUUCAGCGCCUUAUAGAAGAUAUAGAUCAUUAAUCAUUUCGAUAAAAAAAGGUCGCGAUUCGCUUUUCUACAAAGCGAUAUACGUACAAUAAAAUCUACAAUGUUCUUAGAGAUAUAUAUAGAGUGUUUGUACUUGUACGAGUAUUUGCUUGUUUUGUAAUGUUCUUAGCAAUUUUGUAAGCCAUUGUUUAAUUCCAUUUGAAAGAGAUAUUUAUAUUUCAACAUUUACAUCACAAAAACUCAAUUAAAUAUGUUACGAAAAUAAUGUAAAGAUACAUGACAAAAACUUAAAUAUUUUUACAUUUACGUUAUAACUAAUGUUAACCUAAAAACUCUUCCAGGUUCGAGAAAAAAUUAUUCUCGGGAAUGGAUUAUUUGUUUUAUAGUAUUACUAAAGAAAAAUAAGUUUAAUAUUUAUAGAGCGACGAUGAGUUCCACUCAUUUUCAUUUUCAUGCUUGCCAACGUACGCAAUAAAAUUUUAGAUACAUUGAACCAGCGAAGUGAAGUGUAAACAUUGACUCUGAAUGUUUAUUUAAAAUUUUUACGCGGAUCAAGAGAAAUUUUCACUUGUUUUUAUAUUACAUGCAAAAUAUGGUAUACUUACAUUUUCCAUCGAAUUUAACUGAAGAAGAAUUGAUGUUGCAGGCGAAGUACAACAAACUUAAAAGAAAAAAAAAGGCACUGCAAGACUUAAAAGCACCAAAACAAGAAGUUGAACGAAUACCGCAAGCACCGAAACGGCCGACAGAGGCUAGAGAUGCUAGAGAAGUUGCUAAGAAGUUGAUAAAAUCUGGAGUGAUUACAGCUCCGAAAACUCCUAAACGGCCAGAACAGUCAUUUAAAAGACCACGUGGGUUAGUAAGAAAGUUGAACAGUACAGAGAAGACAAUAAGCUCCUAUCAACCAUUCUCAGCCACACAAAUGGAAGAAGAAGAAACAGAGACAGUAAGACCAAGGGUUAAAGAUUUGUAUGAUAGUUUUGUAAGUGCUCAAGACACGGAGGAUCACACCGGUAGAGAUGUUCAGUCACCAUCUAAGCAAGAAAUAAAGCCAAGAGCUGGAAAUACAAUAUUUGUGUGCGGUUAUAAGAUAUCAGAGGAUUUUUUAAAGAAGCAUUUUCAAACAUUUGGGAAUAUUAUAAAUAUCUCGAUGGAAAUAGAGAAAAACCGUGGAUUUGUUACGUUUGAUAAAACAGAAGCUGCUGAAAGAGCAAUUAGCGAGAUGGAUGGUAGUAUGGUAUCUUCCAUUCAGUUGAAAGUAUCGCUGGCACGAAGGCAACCCAUAAUAGAAUCUAUGACUGACGCCACGUCCAGUUCUAUGUGGUCACCGAUCGCGGCGAAUUAUUCACAGAAAAGUGCACAUAAAGAUAGGAGAGACCUGAAAGUAUAUGAGGAAGAUCUUUUUAUGUGAAUGCAGUAUCUUUUAAUAUUUUUAUACGUUUCCUUAGAGUAUGUUGUUAAAUUUACAAUAUUUGAAAUUUUCGUUCAAGAUAAAAUUGCACAUGGACUUUAAUCUUUGCAAGGUAUCAAAAAAUAUUUUUUUCGAAUUGUGCAACUUAAUUAUUACGAUGCCGCCGCUAUAUUCGUUACUAGUCAAAUGGCCACGCGAGAUACAAAAUAUUUUUUUUCGCGUGUUAUUUCUUGUUGAUCGCUGAUCGAUGGAUGACACAUCGAAUUUCAACUUUUUUCUACAAAGUUUCCAUGUUGAUAAAAAAUAGUUGUUGAAGAACUUGUUUUUGGUAAUAAAUAUUUAUAAUUGAAUUAUAUAUAUAUAUAUAAUUAUAUAUAUACAUACACACAUAUAUAUAUAUAUAUAUAUACAUAUAUAUAUACAUACACAUUGUUUUUAUACAUAUUCAUCACUAAAUAAUUAAAUACAAGUAUUUUCGUAGCAAAUUAUGUGCAGGUAUUGUUUCCUUCACAUUUGUCAGUCAAUACAAUAAAUAUUCACCUGGCAAAAGUUAUUCAUUUGUCAAUCGAUUGUCUGUAAUUCACACAUAUUUGUUCAAAACAUAACAAACGUUCAAUAAUUAAUUAUAUCAGAGAACAGACCUAACCAUUUAAGCGAUUAAAUUUAUAUAUAUAUAUAUAUAUAAUAUUUAUUUAUAUAUAUAUUAUAUUAUAUAUAUAUUUAUUUAUUUAUUUAUUGCCCUAUUGUAGGUAUUAGGUCCAGAUUCUCGUUACUCAUCAUAA